GGGGAUUCCCCAGGUCGCUCGAUGGCAGCCGCGGCAGGAGCAGCGGCUUGAGCAUCCGCGGAGACCGGGCCGCUCCGCCUGGGCUUCCUUAUGGAAGGGGCGGUGUUGUAGGCCCUCCCUCAGCCAUGGCCGCCUUACAGGGCCAGGUGGCCCACUGCGGGCCUAGAGAGCCCAAGCGGGGGGACGCCGACGACUGGUGCGACAGCGGGCUGGGCUCCCUCAGCGAGGCCCAGCUGAGCCUGAUCCGGGAAGGCGGGGGCCUGGUUGCCCAGGGCGACGCAGAGAUGGGGCCUGGAGGCCUCGCCGUGACCUCUGACCCCGGGCCCUCGGGCCCCGGUGGCCCCCAGAAGGCCCUGCUGGAGGAGGAGGGGGACGAUUUCGAGCGCCUGGACUCGGCUCUUGGGGACUCCCUGAGAGGCGACGAGGAGGACGUGGGGGCCCUUGUGGAAGGCGUGGGGGCCGUGCACCUCGAGAACCAGGGGCCGGCGGUGGCCCCCGAGGCCUGGCUGCACCAUGUGCUGGGCUUCGUGACCGAGGAUGGCGACACAGCUCUGCACUUGGCUGUCAUCCAUGAACACGAGGCCUUCCUGGAUUCCAUCCUGCAGUACACCCAAGGAACGGAUUACCUGGAUGUACAGAAUGACCUUGGACAGACAGCGCUCCACAUCGCCGUCAUCCUUGGCGCGUCGGAUUUCGUCGGCAAACUCGUGUCGGCGGGAGCAGGGCUGUGCGUGCAAGAGAAGGGGGGUCACACGGCGCUGCAUUUGGCGUGCCGGGAAGGACAGCGUGACUGUGCCCAGCGGCUCCUGGCUCUGCCCAUGGGGCAAAGGCCCUGUGAGAGGAACGGCUCCCGGGCCCAGCUGGAUUGCGCCAAUUAUGACGGCUACACGCCCCUUCACAUUGCUGUAUUGCGUAAAGAUGUGGACAUGGUCAGUCUCUUAAUCUCUGCGGGAUCUGAUCUCAAUAAACCGGAGCUGAGUUGCGGCCGGAGCCCUCUUCACCUAGCCGUGGAGUCGCAGAACCCCGAGGUGGUGGAGUACCUGUUGCGGGCCGGGGCUGACCCGGAAGCCCGCAUGUACGUUGGCUACACCCCCAUGUACAGCGCCGUGCACCGGCCUGACCAAAAAAUCCCACAGCUGUUGCGGGAGUUUGGCUCCGAGGAGCCCGACUGGGAUUCGGAGGAGAGCCUGGACAGCAACAGCGAGGAGGAGUACGACGACAUCGUCAUCAACCGCGGGCGUUAGGCGGCCGGGCGAGGAGCCCGCUCCGCCCCUCUGGCCGCCAUCCGUUACACAUGGCUCUCCUGCGGCCGCCAGCCAUGAGUUCUGUAGCAACUGCAUCUUCACUGUGAGCUAGACCUGACUUAUUUAUAAGGGCCGAAGGGCAGCUGUGUUGUAUCCGGCAGAGAGCAGCUCCCAGGGACCCAUUCCGACAUAUCCCCUCCCCCUAGUCCAUCGUCGGUUUGUUUUCCUGUCUGUUUGCAAAGUUUUAGUAACUUUAUUUCUUUUCUUUUAUGUUUGAUGUCCAAAAUUAAACAUGUGCGUUGCGGGGGGAACCUGGUAUAGCUGCCCUUUGCCUCUCUGAAACGAGCAUCCAGUAGGUCUGGAUUCUGCGCCUCCGCCCACCCACCCCCGGCCCGAUUCCUCUCCGAUUGCAGCGCGCCUCCUCUCAGCCGUCCUAGUGGAGCUGAGGCCAUCAACUUCUAGGCCCCGCCUCCCCAGCCGGGUGUCCUCCAGACGUUUUCGGUGACCGCUCCCACAAUCCCGGGCUGCUGGGAGUUGAAGUCCAAAACGGCUGAAGGGCACCAGGUUGGAGAACGCUGUUCUAGGCCCAAGGGGUGGAUGUUUAUGGCCCCUACCUAACUUGUUCUUACUCUAUGUUAGCAGGGCUUUCGGGCCCAAGUGAGCAUUCAUUCACACCAGAUGUAACUGAGUGUGAAACUGACACAGACACCCCCCUCUGACAUCAAAGCUUCAAGCAGAGGCAGGCGAUUGUGGUCCGUCACCUGCUUUGGCCUACAACUACCUUCAGCCCUGGCCAGCAUAGCCACUGUAGAGGGAUCAUGGGAGUUGUAGGCCUGAACCUCUGGAGGACCAAACGUUGCCUACUCCUGCUUGGCAGGCCGGCCCUACCCUUUGUACCUGAGCCUCUGCUUCCUCCUCUCCCGAUGUCUUGAAGUCUGCUAACCCUCCCUUUCAAGGCUUCUCUUCUGCCUCCACAGGUUAAGCAGGGUUUGAGUUGGGAAGAGGUGAGCCCAAAAGAAGUGGAGGGGGGUGGGUUUGAGAGGGAGGUGGCAAUUCUCCCCCAGUUCAUGGGCCAAGCGUGUGGAGUGGAAGGCCUCCGUCCCUAGGAAGGCUACGCGCCCCCCCCCUCCCUUCCUUGGCAAACCAGCAGGCCACUUCCACUUCCAGGCCCGGUGGACCAUCUGCAAAGCCCUCCUAGAAGUGGGCCACGGUUUUGUCCUGAGCAGUGCUGCCCAGGAAGGCGUGAUGCAGAGCCCAGGGUCGACGCCAGAUGUCUGGGUGUUGCGUUUCCGCGGACCCCCGCCUAGGCUCCCCUCCGCUUCAUCCCGCCAUCCUCCCCCUUCCUGCCACACAUCCAACUGCCUGGGGCCCGAUGGGGUUGCUUCCAGGGCUGCGGAAGAAGCCCUCUUUGGUUGUCUAGCAACACAGGACAAGCUCCCACCCACUUCUGGAUUUGUGUGUGGGGGGGAGGGGGUUGGGUUGCCAUCCUGGAGCUGAGGAAAGGCUAGCGUGGUGCAUGGCCCUGUGCUGCUGAUUCCCAUGGGGGGUGGGGGGAAGUCCCUCGGUUGCCAUGUCUGGUUUUAGGACGUCUGUUUCUGUCGGGAGUAUGGAAGGCAGCCGCUGUUUAGGUGGUGCGGCUUCCUCUUGUUCUCUCCAGGCCAAGAGGGUGUCCCAGGUGGAAUAUGGCAACCCAUUGGGGGUGGAGGGGGGCGGGGGCUCCAACUCUCAGGCAGCUGAAAUGGGCGGUCUUCUACCAGCCGGACUGUGAGGACUGACGCACCCAGUGCUCCAAGCCUGGGCCAAGACCUUUCUUGCAGAAGCAGCUCCUCCAUCCUGACAUCCUCCCUCCAUUCCACACGUUCUCAACUCGAAGGGGAAAUAGCCGUGGGGGAGGGGGGGGUCAUGUCCUCCCCCCGUCCUUUGUGGCUUCCUUUUCUAGACUUGAGGAAUAACCAGACAUCUGAAGUUCAACUUCCUCUCUCCACCGGGGUUCCGUCUCGGAAUAGCGCAGAGGCGGGCAGCGCCCGAGGGACGGCUUUCCUCCCCUGGAACCUGCUACAGGGGCCGUUCCCCAAUCCUGCUACUGCAGCGGCCAGAACCGCAGGGCAAAACUGUGGGGCACGGGCUUUGGUUUCUUUUGUUUGUGAACUGCCCAGAGAGCUUCGGCUAUUGGGCGGUAUAAAAAUGUAAUGAAUAAAUAAGCUGAACCCCUUUCCUUGGAGGGCGAUUCUCCUCGGAAGCAAGGGCAGGCCCACAGAAAAUGGCUAGGGGCCACGACCCACCUGGCCCCUGUGUUUCUCACCCCGGCAGAGCCUACGUCUUCAUCAGGUUCAUCCUCCAGCUCUCUCUCUGCCCCAUUCGCGCCAAGUUGUGUCGCCAUCGAUGCCAUCUGCAGCUUUCUCAUUCAGUGUGAGAAGCUCUUUUUUGCAGUUGCAGAAUCCACGGGCCUUGGAGCUGCUAUUUAAAUCCCUCCCUCUCUAUAUAUACAUACGCUGUGUGUUUUCAGCAAAGGGGAGGAAGCCGUCACACACGGCGGCACACAAACUUUGGAUUCCUCCGUGUCCCCCUCCCGCCUCAAGGCGUGGCGUUCUCCCCUCUCGCAGGGCUCAUUGUUUUGAAGCUGCAAUGUGGUUUCCUGUGACCUGUUGUUUUAAAUCCACCGCUCUGCUGUCUUCCUUUCUUCCCUCCUGCCUCUUUGUGAUUAUCAUACUAUGUAGGUCUCUCCGACCAGAUUAAAAUAAAAUAAAAGCUGUGGA